CUGCAAACCCCCCCUCCUCCCCCCGGCUCUGCAAGCGGGGAGCGGCGCGUGCGAGCCCCGAACCCGGCAGCGGCGCGUGCGAGCCCCGAACCCGGCAGCGGCGCGUGCGAGCCCCGGGCGCUCCAUGCCCCCGGCCGCUCCCUGAGCCCCCGCCGCCCAGUCGCUCGCCCCGCCGCCGGCCGGCAUGUUGGACCCGUCGUCCAGCGAGGAGGAGUCGGAGGAGCUGGUGGAGGAGGAGAGCAGCAAGGAGGUGCUGGCCCCGGCCCCCGCCGGGGCUCGCCUCUCGCCCAGCCGCACCAGCGAGAGCUCCGGGCCGGGGGCCGGGCUGCAGCCCGGCGGCCGGGCCGGCGGCGGCGGCGGCGGCGGGGCGGGCGGCGGCAGCGUCCGGCCUUCCAGCCCCAGCCCGUCGGUGGUGAGCGAGAAGGAGAAGGAAGAGCUCGAGCGGCUGCAGAAGGAGGAGGAGGAGAGGAAGCGGCGGCUGCAGCUCUACGUCUUCGUGAUGCGCUGCAUCGCCUACCCCUUCAACGCCAAGCAGCCCACCGACAUGGCCCGCCGGCAGCAGAAGAUAAGCAAGCAGCAGCUCCAGAUAGUCAAGGAUCGAUUCCAAGCAUUUCUCAAUGGAGAAACGCAGAUUGUGGCUGAUGAAGCUUUUAUUAAUGCAGUCCAAAGUUAUUUCGAGGUGUUUCUGAAAAGUGAUCGUGUGGCCCGGAUGGUGCAGAGCGGGGGUUGCUCUGCAAAUGACUCCCGAGAAGUUUUCAAGAAGCACAUUGAGAAGAGGGUGCGCAGCUUGCCCGAGAUCGACGGCCUCAGCAAGGAAACGGUGCUCAGCUCUUGGAUGGCAAAAUUCGAUGCUAUUUACCGUGGCGAAGAGGAUCCGCGCAAACAGCAGGCCAGGAUGACUGCCAGUGCUGCCUCGGAGCUGAUCCUCAGCAAGGAACAGCUGUACGAAAUGUUCCAGAACAUCUUGGGAAUCAAGAAGUUUGAGCAUCAGCUGCUGUACAAUGCGUGUCAGCUGGAUAAUCCAGACGAGCAAGCUGCGCAGAUCAGACGAGAGUUAGACGGACGCCUUCAAAUGGCAGAUCAAAUUGCCAAGGAGCGUAAAUUUCCGAAAUUUGUAUCCAAAGAAAUGGAAAACAUGUUUAUCGAGGAGCUGAAGUCUUCUGUCAACCUGCUGAUGGCAAACUUGGAAAGCAUGCCAGUGUCCAAAGGCGGCUCGGAGUUCAAGUUACAGAAGCUAAAACGCAGCCACAACACCUCAAUCAUUGACCUGGGAGAAGAAAAUGAAAACCAGCUUUCAAAGUCCGAUGUUGUGCUGUCUUUCUCCUUGGAGGUCGUCAUAAUGGAAGUGCAGGGUCUAAAAUCCUUAGCUCCAAACCGCAUCGUUUAUUGCACUAUGGAAGUAGAAGGUGGAGAGAAACUGCAGACUGACCAGGCAGAAGCUUCGAAACCAACCUGGGGCACUCAAGGUGACUUUACCACAACGCACGCACUUCCCGCAGUGAAGGUGAAGCUGUUUACAGAGAGCACCGGAGUGCUGGCUUUAGAGGACAAAGAACUUGGGCGGGUGGUUCUUCACCCUACUCCGAAUAGCCCAAAACAAUCAGAGUGGCACAAAAUGACUGUUUCCAAAAACUGCUCAGAUCAAGAUCUAAAGAUCAAACUUGCAGUCCGAAUGGAUAAACCUCAAAACAUGAAGCAUUCUGGAUACUUAUGGGCCAUUGGUAAAAACGUUUGGAAGAGAUGGAAGAAACGGUUCUUUGUGCUGGUCCAGGUUAGUCAAUAUACGUUUGCUAUGUGCAGUUACCGGGAGAAAAAGGCUGAGCCCCAAGAACUACUGCAACUUGACGGAUACACAGUGGACUACACUGACCCACAGCCAGGUUUGGAGGGUGGCAGAACAUUUUUCAAUGCAGUGAAAGAAGGAGACACAGUGAUUUUCGCAAGUGAUGAUGAACAGGACCGUAUCCUGUGGGUUCAAGCCAUGUACCGGGCCACCGGCCAGUCCCACAAACCUGUCCCACCGACCCAAGUUCAAAAGCUUAAUGCUAAGGGAGGAAAUGUUCCCCAGCUAGAUGCCCCAAUCUCUCAAUUUUAUGCAGAUAGAGCUCAAAAGCAUGGCAUGGAUGAAUUUAUCUCUUCCAACCCCUGUAACUUUGACCACGCUUCACUCUUUGAGAUGGUUCAGCGCCUCACUUUGGACCACAGACUUAAUGAUUCGUAUUCUUGUCUGGGCUGGUUCAGUCCUGGCCAGGUAUUUGUGCUAGAUGAGUAUUGUGCACGUAAUGGAGUCAGAGGCUGUCACAGACAUCUCUGCUACCUCAAAGAUUUACUAGAACGAGCAGAAAACGGAGCUAUGAUUGACCCCACCUUGCUUCACUACAGCUUUGCCUUUUGUGCAUCACAUGUUCAUGGCAACAGGCCUGAUGGAAUAGGAACUGUAACUGUAGAAGAGAAAGAACGUUUUGAAGAAAUCAAGGAGCGGCUUCGCUUGCUUCUGGAGAAUCAGAUCACCCAUUUUAGGUAUUGCUUUCCAUUUGGCCGACCCGAAGGUGCGUUGAAAGCUACUCUAUCCCUACUGGAAAGGGUUCUGAUGAAAGACAUAGUUACUCCUGUCCCUCAAGAGGAGGUAAAAACAGUCAUCCGUAAAUGCUUGGAGCAAGCUGCUUUAGUCAACUAUACUAGACUAUCAGAGUAUGCCAAAAUUGAAGCUCGUCCAGCUAAGCCUAAACGUAAGCCACCGUCUGGGCCAUCACCAUCCACUCAAACUCAGCCUAACAUGAUAAAUCAGAUGCUCAAAGGCAUACCUAGACAAACACCAAAAAAUGUAGGCCGGUUAGUCACUCCUGCCAAAAAGCUAGAAGAUACUAUACGCCUGGCAGAACUGGUAAUUGAAGUUCUACAGCAGAAUGAAGAACACCAUGCAGAGGCCUUUGCGUGGUGGUCAGACUUAAUGGUUGAACAUGCAGAAACCUUCCUGUCAUUGUUUGCGGUGGAUAUGGAUGCUGCAUUAGAGGUGCAACCCCCAGACACGUGGGACAGCUUUCCAUUGUUUCAGCUGCUAAAUGAUUUCCUCCGUGCUGACUAUAAUUUGUGCAAUGGAAAAUUCCACAAACACCUUCAAGACCUGUUUGCUCCACUUGUUGUUAGAUAUGUCGAUCUGAUGGAGUCCUCAAUUGCACAAUCAAUUCACAGGGGCUUUGAGCGGGAAUCAUGGGAGCCAGUAAAGAGUUUAACAAGUAAUCUGCCCAAUGUGAAUCUACCAAAUGUGAAUCUCCCUAAAGUACCAAAUCUACCAGUUAACAUCCCACUAGGCAUCCCACAAAUGCCUAGCUUUUCUGCACCGUCAUGGAUGGCUGCUAUAUAUGAUUCUGACAAUGGAUCAGGAACCUCUGAAGAUCUGUUUUGGAAACUUGAUGCCCUGCAGACCUUCAUUCGGGAUUUACAUUGGCCGGAGGAAGAAUUUGGAAAGCACCUAGAACAGCGUCUAAAACUUAUGGCAAGUGACAUGAUCGAGUCUUGUGUUAAGAGAACCAGGAUUGCAUUUGAAGUAAAGCUGCAAAAAACCAGUCGAUCAACAGAUUUCCGAGUCCCCCAGUCAAUAUGCACCAUGUUUAAUGUUAUGGUUGACGCCAAAGCUCAAUCAACAAAACUUUGCAGUAUGGAAAUGGGCCAAGAGCACCAGUACCAUUCAAAAAUAGAUGAACUAAUUGAAGAAACCGUCAAAGAAAUGAUAACACUCUUAGUGGCAAAGUUUGUCACCAUUCUGGAAGGAGUCCUGGCCAAACUGUCCAGAUAUGAUGAAGGGACAUUGUUUUCUUCUUUUUUGUCAUUUACUGUGAAGGCGGCUUCCAAAUACGUCGAUGUACCUAAGCCGGGGAUGGAUGUUGCUGAUGCCUAUGUGACAUUUGUUCGCCACUCUCAGGAUGUCUUGCGUGAUAAGGUCAAUGAGGAGAUGUAUAUAGAAAGGUUAUUUGAUCAAUGGUACACCAGCUCAAUGAAUGUCAUUUGCACCUGGUUGACAGACCGCAUGGACCUGCAGCUUCACAUUUACCAACUGAAAACUCUUAUUAGGAUGGUAAAGAAAACCUAUAGAGAUUUCCGAUUGCAAGGAGUGCUGGACUCCACCCUAAACAGCAAAACCUAUGACACCGUGCGAAACCGGCUGACUGUAGAAGAAGCCACAGCGUCAGUUAGUGAAGGCGGAGGUCUUCAGGGAAUCACAAUGAAGGACAGUGAUGAAGAAGAUGAAGAGGAUGAUUAGAUAAUUCUGGUCUAGAGGCCCACGUGGUGGUGGCUUCUUCGCCAGUGCAUGUACCUAGUCUAUUGUUCAGUUAGCCACAUUAGGAAUUUUUCUGUCAGCUCUAAAUACCCAUGAGAAGUUUACCAAUACAAUUGCCAUUUAGCUGUGUGGUAAUAAGAUUAGCACCUCUGUUUGAUUCAUUGGUUUCCUAAUUUCAUAUCUCUAUGUUCAUAAGCAAUAUGGAGCACCAUUGUUUAAUACUGUUAAUGGAAAACUACGUAGAAUACAUGCUAGGUGUGUCCCUGUUAUAAUUAAAGUUUAAACAAUGCUUCAUUAAUGUACUGUAUAUACAUUGAUGGUAAAUUGUUGUGAAGAUGAGUGAAUCAAGUACUUUCAUUUCUUUGUUUCUCUUCUGUGGAUGCCAACUGCUUAAAAUUAAUAAAAACAGCUUUGUUUUUAAAAGAAAAGUGAGGCUGUUACAAAUGAGUGUUUUGUUCUCUGUUCUUUUUUUUUAAAUCCAGCUGUUUGAAUCAUUCUGCAUCCCAGUUAAUAAACCAUGCGCUUCUCCUUAAAGAUACAGUUAACUCCAUAGAGGGUAUGUACCAAUGGAUUAGUAAUUCUGAUUGCCACAACAGUAAAUCCUAGAAUAAUGGCUACAUUCAUGCCAUGGUACAGUCCAAAGCAGUUGUUUUAUGUCAACAUUUGCCCCUCUAAAUGUUACACCUUGUUUGUUUCAAGUAUCUGUGUAUGUAAAAAGGCGACUUUACUUACAAUCUUAGAUUAUAAAGAAGUGUUUAUAAUAAUAUAGGAACAUUUAUUCCAGUAGACUGUUACCAUAACUUAAAUUCCUUUGUUUCACAAUGUUUUUUUUAUAUAUGUCAUGUACAUUGCAUUUUGACCAGUAACUGCAUGUCCCCGAUUUCCCCCUCCAGAAGCUGUGUAAAAUAGUGGAUCCAUUUUGCUUUGGCCUUUUACAAGCCGACAGUUGUAAAAGUGUGGGAACUGUGGCUUUUCAAUAAAUGACUAUUCAGAUGUC